AAAAAAAAAAUUAUAAACCUCCACUUCCCCUUCGCAGGCUCUCCUCAGAACCCCCAUUACACGCCUACAGCUAGAGCCUCAGCCGUUUAUCAGAGUCACCGGACUGCUCGGAUUUUUCCAACCAGCAGCACAUAGGCGAAGAAUGUCUGAGGAAGAACUAGUCAAAGGAGAGGAUUCCAAAAAGGAACAUACUGAUAAAGAGGUAGAAAAAUUGAAGGCAGAAAGAAAAGUGAAAAGAAAAAGACGUUUAUUGAAGGAAGCUGCUAAGGCUGAUAAACGAGGGGUAUGCUAUUUGAGUCGAAUUCCACCACGUAUGGAUCCUAUAAAGCUUCGUCAAAUUCUAUCCCAAUUUGGAGAGCUUGAAAGAAUUUAUCUCACACCCGAAGAUCCUUCAGCUCAUGUGCAUCGUAAAAAAGCUGGUGGCUAUCGUGGCCAAGGAUUCACAGAAGGAUGGGUAGAAUUUACCAACAAAGUUGUUGCCAAAAGAACUGCUUCAAUGUUGAAUGGUGAACAAAUAGGUGGGAGGAAGAAGUCGUCAUUCUAUUAUGACCUUUGGAACAUUAAAUAUUUGAGUAAAUUCAAAUGGGAUCAUCUCACAGAAGAGAUAGCAUACAAGAAUGCUACAAGGGAGCAAAAACUGGAAUUGGAACUAUCAGCUGCUAAAAAAGAGAGGGACUUUUAUCUUGCAAAAGUUGAUCAGUCUCGUGCUUUAAGUUCCAUAGAUGAACGAUUGAAGAAGAGACAUAAGAUCCAGCAAGCGGCUGGAUCGACUUCUGAGGAGCCGCAGGCAGCAAAAGUGACUCGUCAAUUCCCUCAAACAAAACCAGUCAGAGACAAUGCAGAAAAGAGAAAGGCUGGACUCUCGAAAGAUGUUUUGGCUGGGGUUUUCGGUGGUUCAUGAAGGGUUGGAGGUUGUGAUUUUGCUUUCAUCGAGUGUUUACUAUGAUAUGAUACUUGAGCUUCAUUCAAGCUUCUUGUAAUCACACCAAUUUUGUUGUCAUUGCUGAAAUGCAGUAGAAUAGACUUGUUUUAUAUGAGUCCAGUUGAUUGGUUUUUAA